AAUAUUUACGAGAACGAUUCCAAGAAAGCUAAGACAGAAUCUGGUGGCAUUCAUCGCCCCCUUCAUCUCAACCCAGUAUUUUAUGAAGAUGACUCGUCAAAAGCCCCAAAAAAGGUCUCGAGAGAGAAGCGCAGAGCUGCAAAGCGAUUGCUUGAUGAUGCUGAUUUGAUGGAAGAGGAGGAUUUGCCCGUGGAGAUCUAUUUCGGCUCGUCCAACAGUGACCGAAAGUUCGUCGCCAAACUGCGAGAACGUGAAAGAUACGAAGAAGAGAACUUCACCCGUGUACCACUUAGUAAGAAGGAGCGACUGAUGCAGAAGCGGAUGGAGCGGGGCGAAUUUCUCGACACUUCCACUCGGAUGGAUUACAUUCGCAAGUUGCUCGAAAGCUCGGACGAUGAGGAGGAGAUCCAACUUUCGCGUGCAAUAGCUUCAAACCUGCAGCCGAUUAGCGUCGGAGCGGUUCAAUUCCGCCUUCUCGGCGUUGCGUUUUCCGACUCUGACGCACCCUCCGGAAUCUACACUCCUCCCUGUACUCCUAUUCGAUCACGUGAGUUUGAGAAGCCGACCCUAUGCGCCCCUUUGCAAGACGGGCGUUAA